AUGAGUAAUGCCUGUUUCACUCCACGUGCAGUUGUUUGGGGAAAGAUGGCGGCUCCCACUAGCGAGAUUGAAGUGCUCACUGAGAAGAAACCUAAUGUGCGAGGACCGAGGAGAGUGGCCAAUCAGAUUCCUGAUGAGAUCCUCAAAGAUCCAGAGCUCAACGAGGCCAUUAAGGCUUUGCCAGCUAACUACAAUUUUGAGAUCCACAAAACAAUAUGGAGGGUACGACAAGCCAAAGCCAAGAGGGUGGCCUUGCAGUUGCCCGAGGGUCUCCAGAUGUUUGCCUGUGUGAUCGCUGACAUCAUUGAGAGAUUCACAGAGGCUGACACUCUGGUGAUGGGAGAUGUGACAUAUGGGGCCUGCUGCGUGGACGACUUCACUGCACGCGCUCUGGGAGCCGACUUCAUGGUGCAUUAUGGGCACAGUUGUCUGAUCCCUAUAGACUCGACUGAGGGCAUCAAGAUGCUGUACGUGUUUGUGGACAUCCAGAUUGACACUGCCCACUUCCUGGAGACGCUCAGGUUUAACUUCCCUCCUGGCCAUUCGCUCGCUCUUGUCAGCACCAUCCAGUUUGUGGCUGCUUUGCAGGCAGCCAGUACAGAGUUAAGGCCAGAUUACGAGGUGUUGGUACCUCAGUGUCGACCACUCUCUCCAGGGGAGAUCCUUGGGUGCACCUCACCUCGUCUGGACAAGCAUGUCAAUGCUGUAAUCUAUCUUGGGGAUGGAAGGUUUCAUUUGGAGUCCAUCAUGAUUUCCAACCCAGAGAUACCUGCCUACAGGUAUGACCCAUACAGUAAAGUGUUUUCUCGAGAGUAUUAUGACCAUGAGGCAAUGCGGGCCACCAGACUGCAGGCCAUAGAGAGAGCUCGCUCAGCACAGAGAUGGGGCCUCAUCCUAGGCACCCUUGGCAGACAGGGAAACCCCAAAAUUUUGGAGCACUUAGAGUCUCAUUUGGAGUCUUUAGGCCGUUCGUUCACACGUGUGCUCCUGUCCGAGAUCUUCCCCGGCAAGCUGGAGCUCCUGGCAGACGUGGACGCGUGGGUGCAGAUCGCUUGUCCUCGCCUCUCCAUUGACUGGGGAACAGCUUUCUCCAAACCCCUGCUGUCUCCAUAUGAGGCAGCAGUAGCGCUGCAGCAGGUGGGAUGGCAGGAAGUGUAUCCUAUGGACUUCUACUCCAAUCAGAGCCUGGGGGCUUGGACUCCUAAUCACCCAGACAACCAACCAAAAAGACCUUCACGUAAACCCACCCAGAAGACGGGUUCAGAUGCCGGUCAGCGAGUGAGGAACUGUGGCCGUGAGCAGAGCGCCCCCUGUGGCUGCCAGGCUGAAUAACCUUAAAAUCCCAGCCAACCACAAGAGGAGACAAGCAAGCCAAUCAGAUCUCGCUAUGGACAUCAAAGCUCUGUAUCCACAACACACUUCAUCAAAUCAGCACUCUGCAUGAAAGACACAAAAACAGUGAGAGGUAGAAUGAAUGAGUGUGUGUGAGAGGAUUGGAACACACAAAAAAUAAGAAAGGCUGUAUGUGUCUGGCUGACAUGUCGUUGGUGUGUGAGAAAGAGAUAAUCCGUUGAAAAGAGUGCUGACCCUGAAUACACAGUAUUUCGUCUUACAGCGUGUGUGGCUUUAGUUUCACAUAAUCAUCUUGUCUUUCACUUAGAAAGGAGCAGCCAGCCUCUUUGUAUUGUUGACCUUCAUCCUUUCAAAAUUACAGCGGGAAGCGAGAGCGCAUUCAGAAUUAUUUCUGCGCAAAGAAAGAUAAUUCUCAUUCUAAAUUCCGACACUGGCUUUUUUAUUUCUUAUUAUGUUGAGAUGAGAGGUUCUCCAACAUAAAGGAGCUCUUUACAGGAUGCGUUUCAGCUGCACGCGAAAAUAAAAUUAAAUGUUUACAAUUUUCUGUCAGACUUUGAUUAACUGCCGUUACAUGGAUGCCAGUACAUAUAUUUUGUCUUUUGUAAUCACUGCACAGUGAAACCCAGGAUGGAUCAGCGGUCAGCUCAAACACACGGAGCCAAUUUCCCUAAAGCGGAUUAUGCAAAGUCUUGGACUAACUUUCGCUGUCGGUAGUGAUUAUUCUUGGUCUAGUCUGAAACCAAACCUGAUCUACAUCCAGGAAAGCUGUCAUGUUCCUGUGAUUUUGGCUCUGAAGAUGCUGACUAUGAUCACAGGCCUCUGUCAAACUCCUUUAGUUGUCUUCUCUUAGGAUUGAAGCAUAUUUUGUGCCCUUAAUUAUUUAUUGAUCUACUAGAUUAUUUUUAAGUAAAAAGGAACAAUAAACACUAUAUUUGAUGCUUUU